GGCCGCGCCCCGUCCCGCCGCGGAGGCUCACGGGACAUGUAGUACCCCGCGCGCCACUCCUGCACUUCCCCACCCCCACGACCGAACCUGCCUUCGCUAACGCCCUCCCAGCUCCCUCGGGCCUGACUUCCGGUUUCCUCGCGCGGCCCUGGCGCCGAGCCCGCGGACGGCGGCAGCCCCUUUCCGGCUGAGAGCUGAUCCACACUUCCAAUCACUUUCCAGAGUGCUUCCCCUCCCUCUGGCCCGUGCUGGUCCCGACGGCGGGCCUGGGUCUCGCGCGCGUAUUGCUGGGUAACGGGCCUUCUCCCGCGUCGGCCCGGCCCCUCCUGCCUCGGCUCGGCCCCUCCUGCCUCCGCUCUUCCGUCCUUCCAGAACGUCCAGGGCUCUUGCCCAGUCAGAGGAAAUGGGACUCCCUCCGCGACGCACCCGGAGCAGCUCCCUUCGCUGUGGAAGCAGCGGUGUCUUCGAAGAAACCGGAAGCCCUUGGUGACCCCUGGCGACCCGGUUUGUUUUCGGUCACCCGGUUUGUUUCCAAACACUAAGGAAUCGAAACUCGGCGGCCUUGGGGGCGGCCUUACGUAGCCCGGCUUCUGGGAACCUAACUCUCAGAGAAGUAAUGCUGGACCUAACAGCAAAAGUAGAUGUUCAGAGCAAGUCAGUUUUUCGUUAAACAAUGAAGCUGUCAUGGAUGCACUGGUAGAAGAUGAUAUCUGUAUUCUGAAUCAUGAGAAAGCCCGUAAGAGAGAUACAGUGACUCCAGUUUCAAUAUAUUCAGGAGAUGAAUCUGUUGCUUCCCAUUUUGCUCUUGUCACUGCAUAUGAAGACAUCAAAAAACGACUUAAGGAUUCAGAGAAAGAGAACUCUUUGUUAAAGAAGAGAGUAAGAUUUUUGGAAGAAAAGCUAAUAGCUCGAUUUGAUGAAGAAACAAAUUCCGUGGGACGAGAACAAGUAAAUAAGGCCUAUCAUGCAUAUCGAGAGGUUUGCAUUGAUAGAGAUAAUUUGAAGAGCAAACUGGACAAAAUGAAUAAAGACAACUCUGAAUCUUUGAAAGUAUUGAAUGAGCAGCUACAAUCUAAAGAAGUAGAACUCCUCCAGCUGAGGACAGAGGUGGAAACUCAGCAGGUGAUGAGGAAUUUAAAUCCACCUUCAUCAAACUGGGAGGUGGAAAAGUUGAGCUGUGACCUGAAGAUCCAUGGUUUGGAACAAGAGCUGGAACUGAUGAGAAAAGAAUGUAGCGAUCUCAAAAUAGAACUACAGAAAGCCAAACAAACGGAUCUGUAUCAGGAAGACAAUCUGAAGAGCAGAGAUCUCCAAAAACUAAGCAUUUCAAGUGAUAAUAUGCAGCAUGCAUACUGGGAACUGAAGAGAGAAAUGUCUAAUUUACAUCUGGUGACUCAAGUACAAGCUGAACUACUAAGAAAACUGAAAACCUCAACUGCAAUCAAGAAAGCCUGUGCCCCUGUAGGAUGCAGUGAAGACCUUGGAAGAGACAGCACAAAACUGCACUUGAUGAAUUUUACUGCAACGUACACAAGACAUCCCCCUCUCUCACCAAAUGGCAAAGCUCUUUGUCAUACCGCAUCUUCCCCUUUACCAGGAGAUGUAAAGGUUUUAUCAGAGAAAGCAGUCCUCCAAUCAUGGACAGACAAUGAGAGAUCCAUUCCUAAUGAUGGUACAUGCUUUCAGGAACACAGUUCUUAUGGCAGAAAUUCUCUAGAAGACAAUUCCUGGGUAUUUCCAAGUCCUCCUAAAUCAAGUGAGACAGCAUUUGGGGAAACUAAAACUAAAACUUUGCCUUUACCCAACCUUCCACCACUCCAUUACUUGGAUCAACAUAAUCAGAACUGCCUUUAUAAGAAUUAAUAAUUUGGAAGAGAUUCAUGAUUUCACCAUGAGGACACUUAUCUCUUUCAGUGGUCCUCCCAAGAAAUUAUUUAACAAACUGAAAGGGGAUUUUGAUUAAAAUUUUGCAGAGGUCUUCAGUAUCUAUAUUUGAACAUACUGUACAAUAUGUACAAAAACCAACAUAGUUGGUUUCCUAGUAUGAAACAGCACCCUCUAGCUCCAUAUUCUAAGAAUCUGAAAUAUAUGCUACUAUGCUAAUUAAUAAGUAAACUUAAGGUGUUUAAAAAAGAGAACUCUGCCUUCGAUAAUAAUUGUAAAAUUUUGCCUCUCAGAAGAAUGGAAUUGGAGAUUGUAGACGUGGUUUUACAAAGUGUGAAAUGUCUAAAUAUCUGUUCAUAAAAAGAAAAGGAAACCAUGUAUGUUGCUUCAAAUUGCAUAAUGGAACAAAUGGCGAUGUGAAUAGGUUACAUUUCUGUUGUUAUAAUGCAUAAAGAUAUUGAAAAUAUAAUGAAAUAAAAGUAUCUUAGGUUAUACCAUCUUUA